AUGACCGCGGGCUCCGGCGUGCUCCUGGUGCUGCUCUCGCUCUCCGGCGCGCUCCGGGCCCAYGAGGAUCUUACAGCCAGGGAGACCUGCAAGGCUGGAUUCUCAGAAGAAGGUUACACGGCAUUAAUCUCCCCAGAUAUUCUGCAAGGAGAGAGGCUGCUCAAAGUUGAGUUCAGCAGCUGUCUCGGGAGCCAGGGGAUGCAAUAUGAGACCAACAGCCUGGACUUCAAAGUCGGGGCAGACGGGACAGUCUACGCCACCCGGGAGCUGCGCAUCCCCUCUGAGCAGGUGGCCUUCACAGUGACCGCAAGGGACCGCCGGACGGCUGAGCAAUGGGACGCCGUGGUGCGGCUGCUGGUGGCCCAGACCCGGUCCUCGCACCCUGGACACAAGGUAAGGGGAAAGAAGAAAGACGUGACCCUGGACCCCUCCCAGCCCCCAAGGGACACGCUGCUGCCCUGGCCUCCGCACCAGCGCUCCGGGGGGCUGAGGCGGCAGAAGCGAGACUGGGUCAUCCCCCCCAUCAACGUGCCGGAGAACUCGCGCGGGCCCUUCCCGCAGCAGCUCGUGAGGAUCCGGUCUGACAAAGACAACGACAUUCCCAUUCGGUACAGCAUCACGGGCGUGGGCGCCGACCAGCCGCCCAUGGAGGUCUUCAGCAUCGACUCCAUGUCCGGACGCAUGUACGUCACGAGGCCCAUGGACCGGGAGGAGCGAGCCUCUUACCACCUCCGGGCCCACGCUGUGGACAUGAACGGCAACAAGGUGGAGAACCCCAUCGACCUGUACAUCUACGUCAUCGACAUGAAUGACAACCGYCCCGAGUUCCUGAACCAGGUCUACAACGGCUCCGUGGACGAGGGCUCCAAGCCAGGCACCUACGUGAUGACAGUCACAGCCAAUGACGCGGACGACAGCACCACGGCCAACGGCAUGGUGCGGUACCGGAUUGUGACCCAGACCCCUCAGAGCCCAUCCCAGAACAUGUUCACCAUCAACAGCGAGACAGGGGACAUCGUGACGGUGGCAGCAGGCCUGGACCGAGAGAAAGUGCAGCAGUACACGGUCAUCGUGCAGGCCACCGACAUGGAAGGCAACCUCAACUACGGGCUCUCAAACACKGCCACGGCCAUCAUCACGGUGACAGACGUGAACGACAACCCCCCCGAAUUCACCACGAGCACAUUUGCAGGGGAGGUCCCUGAAAACCGGGUGGAGACGGUGGUCGCCAACCUCACCGUGAUGGACCGGGACCAGCCCCACUCGGCAAACUGGAACGCCGUCUACCGCAUCAUCAGCGGGGACCCGUCAGGGCACUUCAGCGUCCGCACAGACCCUGUCACCAACGAGGGCAUGGUCACCGUGGUGAAGGCCGCAGACUACGAGCUGAACAGGGCCUUCAUGCUGACGGUGAUGGUGUCCAACCAGGCGGCCCUGGCCAGCGGGAUCCAGAUGUCCUUCCAGUCCACGGCAGGGGUGACCAUCUCGGUCACUGACAUCAACGAGGCGCCCUACUUCCCGUCCAACCACAAGCUCAUCCGCCUGGAGGAGGGCGUGCCGGCGGGCACCGCGCUCACCACCUUCUCCGCCGUGGACCCUGACCGCUUCAUGCAGCAAGCCGUGAGGUACUCCAAGCUCUCGGACCCCGCCAACUGGCUGCACAUCAACGCCUCCAACGGUCAGAUCACCACGGCCGCCGUCCUGGACCGCGAGUCCCUCUACAUCAGAAACAACGUCUAUGAGGCCACCUUCCUGGCUGCCGACAACGGGAUCCCCCCGGCCAGCGGCACUGGGACUCUGCAGAUCUACCUCAUCGACAUCAACGACAACGCGCCCGAGCUGCUGCCCAAGGAGGCACAGAUCUGCGAGAAGCCAGGCCUCAACGCCAUCAACAUCACCGCGGCCGACGCGGACGUGGACCCCAACGUCGGCCCCUACGUCUUCGAGCUGCCCUUCGUCCCCGCCACGGUGCGGAAGAACUGGACCAUCACCCGCCUCAACGGUGACUACGCCCAGCUGAGCCUGCGCAUCCUGUACCUGGAGGCCGGGAUGUACGAUGUCCCCAUCACMGUCACCGACUCCGGGAACCCUCCGCUGUCCAACACCUCCGUCAUCAAGGUCAAGGUGUGCCCGUGCGACGAGAACGGCGACUGCACCACUGUGGGCGCCGUGGCGGCAGCYGGGCUGGGCACAGGCGCCAUCGUGGCCAUCCUCAUCUGCAUCGUCCUCCUGCUGACCAUGGUCCUGCUGUUUGUGGUGUGGAUGAAGCGGCGGGAGAAGGAGCGACACACCAAGCAGCUGCUCAUCGACCCCGAGGACGACGUGCGGGACAACAUCCUCAAGUACGACGAGGAGGGCGGAGGCGAGGAGGACCAGGACUAUGACCUCAGCCAGCUGCAGCAGCCGGAAGCCCUGGAGCACGUGCUGAGCAAGGCCCCUGGAGUGCGGCGGGUGGACGAGCGGCCGGUGGGCGCUGAGCCCCAGUACCCAGCCAGGCCUGUGGUACCUCACCCAGGUGACAUCGGGGACUUCAUCAACGAGGGACUGCGUGCUGCUGACAAUGACCCCACCGCACCGCCCUACGACUCCCUGCUGGUCUUCGACUACGAGGGCAGCGGCUCCACCGCGGGCUCCGUCAGCUCCCUGGGCUCGUCCAGCUCGGGGGACCAAGACUACGACUACCUGAACGACUGGGGGCCCCGCUUCAAGAAGCUGGCCGACAUGUACGGGGGCGGCGAGGAGGACUAG